AGUUUGUCUUCUUUCUUCACCUAAAUGUUGUUAUAUGGGAAUCGGGGAUUAGGCAGUUCAUUGAGUCUCGUUGUCUGAGCAGUGAUUUAGCAUCAGCAUCAACGAGGCAGGCAGGCAGGCACAGCUGGAGACCAGAUGCAUGUCAGCGGAGAGAGAGGGAGAGACUGUCUCGUCUGGUCUUGUAUACCGUAUAGCGGCAGUGCUUCUUCUGUACUGUGUUUGUCACAGAGAGGCAGAGUCAAGCUCCUCGUCAUAGCAACGGAUGGAUGGACUACUGAUUACUAGCCUUUCCUGUUACCGUUUUGUGGGAUAAGCGACAAUGACAGAUCCAUCCCUCUGUGGAGGACGGAGGAGUGGGGAGGCAGGAAGACGAUGCAAUCUCACUCAGUCAGCCAAUAGCAAAGUAGGACUCUGGAAUCUGCACACUUCAGUGUUCUGAUCAGAUCACGGACUGUAAAUGCAUGAUCCCCGCUGGAUCAUUUCUAUGGAAAAAGGGCUUCAUUUGUUUGGAAUCCAUAAGAAGUGUAUGUGGUGAAUAGAAAACAUCCCACAGGAAGUCAACUUUUUUUUUUUUGUGGAAGACGUCAGCGAGGGCAUUUUUUUCAGCCCCUCUUAAAAGUUGUCAUUUUAAAAGAGCAGCUCUCUGGGUUUUAUCUUGAGCUGUUUUUUUUUUCUUGGUAAUGACGCUCCCUUGUUGUCAUGAAUAUUUUAUUAAAGGAACAAAACAGAGCAGUACCAGCUCGUGCUAUUUCUGUCACUGUUAAAUCGACAUCUGAGGGGUCAGAAUAGCGACAGUAAAAAACUGUAUUCUGUAACUGAUCAGCCUGGUAAUUACAUCUUAACCUCAACCCAGCUUACUGAUCCUAUCGCUUUGGUGUCGGAUACUGAACCUCAGCCCAGACCAAAUUACUACCCAUACCCCCCCACUCUCCCUGAAGAGAGAGAGAGAGCGAGAGGAGGGGGGGGGGGGCGAGGGAGGCUGUGGAAAAUAAGGGCAGAGAAAGAAGAAGUGGGUGUCAGGGUGACAUUUAUAAUUUUUUCUCUGUUGAAGUCGACUCAGCGGCGACUGAUCCGUGGUAAUUACGACCCCCUCCAUCACAGACUGAUGUAUGACCUGUGCACCAGGCCCGAGCAGCCACCGGAACCCGAACCGGAGCAGCCACCGGAACCCGAAGCGGAGCAGCCUGUGUCUACAGCGGAUACAGACAUGGAAGGGAGAUGCCGUGGAGAGGCUGAGACCCCAGGACAGCAGAACCUAAUACAGCAGGACAGGGAUACUAAGACAGAGGGGUAUGGUAAUAAUACUACAACUACCAAUGGGGACAAGGCAAAUCUAGACACUACCUCUACCACUGUUACUGCCCCUGUGACACCCAAGAGGCACAACUCACUUUACGAGGACCUCAACGACUGCGAGGUGGGAGGGUUUCGCAAGAAUGGCACUGACUAUGGCUUCCUGGUGCGUCAGAACUCAGAGCUGCUGCGAGCUCUGGAUGAGAUGGAGAAGACCUGCAACCACCUGAGAGAGGAGAAUGGCCUGCUGCGUAAGAGCAGCGCCCCAGAGACGGAGGAGAAGGUGAAGCGUCUGAGGAGGAAGAACAUAGAGCUGGCUGUCAUCGCUAGGAGGCUGGAGGACAGAGCACACAAACUACAGGAGGCUAACCUCAAAGUGGUGAACGCCCCAGCUCCGGUGGAGCAGUACAAGCGGGCGUUUGCCCGUCAACGAGCCCGUGACCUGGCGCAGCACGCAGACACAUUACUCUCCAAGGACAAGGAGAUCGCCGCCCUGCAGCAGGAGUGUAGGGAGCUGGAGACACGCUUGGGCACAGCCAAGGGCUCCCCAGUCCCGUCUUGCGUGGUGGAGUUUGAGAGGCUGCUAAGGGAGUCCCAGAAGGAGGUGCUGAGGCUCCAGAGGCAACUGUCAAUCUCCUCCUCCAGAGUCACCUCCUCCAGAGUCACCUUCCCUAAAGACAUCUCCUGUAAAGACACCUCCUGUAAAGACACCUCCUCCAGAGUUACCUCCUGUAAAGACACCUCCUGUCAAAGACCAUCUCUCCAGAGUCACCUUCCCUAAAACAUCUCCUGUAAAGACACCU